CUUUUCCAUCUUGUUCAAACAAGAAAGGAGAGCAAAUUCAUUUGGCAACCUCCAAAGUAGCAGUAGCAGACAGAAGUUCCUUCUCUAUCUCGUUCAAGCAAAGAGGAGAGAAAUUUCAUUUGUUAACCUCUAAAGUAACAGCAGCAGACAGAAGUUCCUUCUCUAUCUCGUUCAAGCAAAGAGUUGUAACUGAUGAUAUGGAUCGAUUCCCGGCACAAUAUCGUAAUGAACUCGAACCGAAUGAUUCUCCAGGUGUCGAUUUUGAACCUGCUAUCAUUGUUCAAGGAGGAGGUUACAGCAACCACUUUUAUGAAACUUUAAGUAAUUAUAAAUAUCGUAACAAAUUAAAUGAAUCAGCUAUAACAGGAUAUAAUAUAUUGAAGAAUAAUGGUACUGCUGUUGAAGCUGUUGAAAAGGCAGUUAGCGCUUUGGAGGAUUGUGAGCAUUUCCAAGCAGGAUAUGGAUCUCCGUUGAAUGAAGAGAAGGAAGUUGAAUGUGAUGCAAUGAUUAUGGAUGGACGCACCUUAGAAGCAGGUGCAGUACUUGCGGGUCGACAUUUCAAAAAUCCAGUUCGUGUUUCUCGACAAAUAAUGGAAAAAACACCACACUGUGCUCUUAAUGGUGAUGGUGCUUUAAAGUUUGCUCGGAGUAAAAAUUUACCUUGUUGCCAACCAAAAGAUUUGAAACCUUUAAACUACGACAUUAAUGCUCCAAUAUUUGAACACCAAAUAGUUCAUGGCUAUAGUGGUCAUGGCGAGACAAAAGAUUCUGUGUGUGCCGUUGCAAUUGAUUCAAAUGGCCACUUGGCAUGUGCUUUGUCAUCAGGAGGCAUUGCAGGAAAAAUGAAAGGUCGUAUUGGCGACGUGCCAUUUGUUGGUUGUGGUGGAUAUGCAAAUGAUAAAGGAGCAGCUGCAACAACAGGUCAUGGAGAGAAGUUGAUAAAAUUGACUUUAGCAAGACAAGUUGUAUUUGACAUGGAAGCAGGAAGAAAUGCUCAGGAAGCAGCGGAGAAUGCUGUGAACUUACUUCAAACUAGACUGAGUGGACAUGGAGGAGUAAUUGCUAUUGACAGUAAUGGGAACAUUGGAAAGGCAUUUAAUACUGAUCUCAUGGCUUGGGCAAGCGUCAAAGAUAAUGUAUUGGAAGGUGGACUGCAAAAAAACAAAUAAGUUACCACUAAGGCGCAUCAUAAUAUCUUAUCUCAUCAAUAGAAUGCACGAUACAUUGAUAUAAACUGCGGCAACCUAUUUAUGACCAGUAAUCUCACUUUUAUAUUUACAUAUGCACGCGCAAUCACACGUAAAUAACUAUCGAAAGCACUAUAUGUAUGGUAUAUAGUGGACUUUACAAAAUAAUAUUUAAUAUAUAUACUGUUAUAUUUGGUGUCAUUCACAAAUCACAAUGUAAUUGUUCACGUUAAUAAAUUUCUCGUUCACCAGGUUUA